GCUUUUCCACUCUUCUCUCUCUCUUUUUUGAUAAUUACAAUUUUUUAAUUAAAGUGUAAUAUAUUUCAAUUAAUAAUUUAUUAAUUUUUUUUCCUUUUUUUUUUUAUGUGAGUAAAAUAUAAAGAGCGAGUGCAGUAGGGGAGAGAGAGAGAGAGAGAGAGAGAGAGAGAGAGUGAAUCUCUCUGCGAAGCCUUUUCACGAACAGGUUGUGUGCUCCCAAACAAAAAUUGAACCUCCCGUGAGUUUCAAUCCAGUGUUUUGUAUUUCGAUCCCCUUCCCUUUUCCUCUGAAAACUCUUUAUGUACGGACAGAUCUCAGUUGCUAAUGAAAAUGAGAGCGUAGUGGUAGAAGAAAGAAGAAGAAGGACGGACAGAGAUCGGAGUUGGAGAGAGAGAGUGAGUGCUGGCUUUUUUGAGGAAUGGUAUAAAUGGAACUUUGCAAGGACGGAUUAGGAAUAUGAAGUUUUAUAUAUCGACUUCGGGGAUUAAGAAGGUGACGAUAUCGAGCUCCGGUAAAGGAGCUCCGGCAACGGCGUCUCGUCGGGUUUCUAGCCGGACAUUUUUGCCGGUGGUUCUGGUUCUGGGGAUUCUUUUGCCCUUCCUUUUCGUUAGAAUUGCGUUUUUGGUGCUUGAAUCUGCCACUGCUUGUUCUUCCACUAUCGAUUGUAUAGGAUGGAGGUUUUUCAGAGGGAGCGAUUCGUCUUUGAAGCUCAGGGACGAGCUGACAAGGGCACUAGCAGAAGCAACUGAAGGCAACGUUAAUAAUGAGGAAGUGAAUGAUUCAUUCAACGAGCUUGUGAAAGAUAUGACGUCAAAACGCCAAGACCUCAAGGCUUUCGCUUUCAAGACAAAGGCUAUGCUUUCAAGAAUGGAGCAGAAGGUCCAGUCAGCCAGGCAGCGUGAAUCGAUUUACUGGCAUUUAGCUUCACAUGGUGUCCCCAAGAGCGUACAUUGUCUUUGCCUCAAAUUGGCUGAAGAGUAUGCUGUAAAUGCUGUGGCUCGAUCUCGUUUACCGCCUCCUGAAUAUGUUUCUCGCCUUUCUGACCCAUCCUUUCAUCAUCUUGUUCUUCUAACUGAUAAUGUCCUUGCUGCUUCUGUUGCUGUCUCUUCUACUGUCCAAAACUCUGCCAACCCUGAGAAAUUGGUGUUUCACAUUGUCACUGACAAGAAAACUUAUACUCCAAUGCAUGCUUGGUUUGCAAUUAAUUCUAUUAAAUCAGCAGCUGUGGAAGUCAAGGGAUUGCAUCAAUAUGAUUGGUCUCAGGAUGUUAAUGUUGGAGUUAAAGAGAUGUUGGAGAUUCAUCGUUUAAUUUGGAGCUAUUACUAUAAUAAUUUGAAAGAACAGGACUUUGAAUAUAAUGGAGAACCUAAAAGAUACUUAGAGGCAUUAAGUCCCAGUUGUCUUUCCCUCAUGAAUCAUCUCCGAAUCUAUAUUCCUGAGCUGUUUCCAGAUCUCAACAAAAUAGUUUUCUUGGACGAUGAUACCGUAGUACAGCGUGACAUAUCACCUUUAUGGGAUUUGGAUCUCGAGGGGAAAGUUAUUGGUGCAGUUAAUUCAUUGUGUGGAAAUGACUGUUGCCCAGGAAGAAAAUAUAAAGACUACUUGAAUUUUUCAUAUCCUAUUAUAUCAUCCAACUUUGAUCCUGACCGUUGUGCGUGGCUGUAUGGCAUGAACGUCUUUGAUCUUGAAGCUUGGAGGGGGUCCAAUAUAACUGCAAGUUACCGUCAUUGGUUAAAGCUUAGCCUUCAAGCUGGGUUGGCAUUAUGGUAUCCAGGAGUAAUUGCACCAUCCUUGAUGGCAUUUGAGGGUCAUGUGCAUCCUAUUGGUCCAUCAUUCCAUGUUGAUGGCUUAGGUUAUCGAAACCCAGAAGUUGACAGGGAACUUUUGGAAGCUGCUACAGUUAUACAUUUCAGCGGUCCUGCAAAACCAUGGCUUGAAAUUGCGCUUCCAGAGGUACGUGUGUUAUGGAAUAAACAUGUAAAUUCUUCGAACAAGUUUAUAAAAAAAUGUAGAAUCAUGGGGUGAAGGGGACAAAGUUCUCUCAUUCUCACAUAUUCAUUUUGGGGCAAAAACCAUGGGCACAGUUUGGGACCAGAGGGAAGAAGGUUUUGCCUUCAGUCUCUGCUCACACUAGGCUCUGGACAUAUAUAAUAUGGGUUAUUUUCAUGUCCAUAGUAGAAAAAUAGAUGAAGGUACCAUGGAAUACACGAUAGAGUAAAAGAUCUUCAACCGUCGAAGAGAUAUAUAAUGAUCAUGAUUGUAGCUCUCUAACAAUAUUGUAAAGUUUGUCGAGCAAGUAAAAUUACUUAUUCUGGAA